AUGGCUGACCGGGACGUCGUCCUGGCCGAGCUGCUGCGCAAGACCUCGAGCGUCGACGCCGACGUGCGUCUGCGCUCGCUGGCGCUGCAGCGGCAAUGCGAGACACUCGAGCGCGUGUGCGCGUUCAUCCGCAGUCUGGAAACCUCCGCCGUCGAUCAGAAAGUGGCCCAGCAAGCGGAGACGUCGGCGCUGGAGCAGUCGAUCCAGGACGCCAUCCGCCGCGCGCGCAAAGUUCGCGCGGAAUUAGUCGCCGGAGGGAGCGACAGCGACCAAGAGAGUGAAGAAGACCACGCGCAGCCUCCGGACGCCGAAGAUACGCAGCUACAGGGCAUUCUGGCCGUCGCCAGGGCCACGCGGGCGGCGCAGCAGCCGCAGGAGACGGCGGUGGAGCCCAAGACGGAGGCGCCGCCGGCCGUUAGACUCGAGUAUCCGCGCAAGUUGAAGGCGCUGGAGACGCAGCUGGAGGAUCUGAGGCUGAAGGAGUUGGAGUCGUCCACGCGCUUCGCCUUCUGCUGCAAGAUGAGCGAGCACCUGUCGCUGAGCUCGAAGAGGAGGCAGCUCAUCCUGCAGCAGCAGCAGCAGCAGCAGAAGCUGGGGGCAGGGGGCAGGAUGGACGCGCCCGUGGCUCGCAUUCAAGUGUCAUUCCCCAGCCAAGUGGCGAGACUAAGAGGGGGCUACCAGCGGCUGGCGGAGUUCAUGCUGGAGAAGGUCGAGGUGGACUCGCCCAAGUUCCAGCAGGUCACGGACGCUCCGACGUUCGCCUCAGUGUUUCCGAUCUACCACCGCUUGAAGCAGGCCAAGAAGAUGCUGAGACUGUUGAAUAGUGAGGCCAAGGCGCUGCUCGAGCGACUCCCCGCUUCUCCGCCGAAACUUUCGCCUGCUGCGGCAGCUCACAGAGAUGCAAUGCUCAAGAGGAUACGCACAAAGCGUCCGCAGCCGGACGUCGGUGUUAUCAACAACAAUGCAUUGCAGGUCGCUGCGCAGAAGACCCACACGCAGCAAGACGCUGAGCUGCUGGAAAAGCUUCAAGCCGCAUGGAUCGUGCUGACGGAGCUGUCCAACCUCGUGCUGUGGUCGUUCAAAACGUACUUCGCCGACACAGGCGAGCAGCCAGACGCGUCGCAGGUGGAGACCGUCAUGCGCCUCGUCCGGCUCGUCGACUCCGUGGCGCUCUCGCGAGGGCGAACCUACCGCAGCGUCGUGACUCCAUCUUGA